CAAACUGCGCAACAAGCAAGUAGCGACAUCAGGAGUACUGAACUGUCUUGAUUGUUCGUUUACGGGGGGGAGUACUCCUGAAUCCUGAUGGAGCAGCAGCAGCAGGAUGGCUCCGGCAGCGGGCAACCAAGCCGUACACCGAAAGCGCUCGGGGGCAGCGCCGGCAAGACGCGGUCGUGCUACAGGUGGGCGUUCGAUUGCCUGCACCUGUGGAUGCAGCCUGCCGUGGUGCCGCCGCCGCCGGCUGCGGCGGCAGCGGAUGGGAGGCCGCGCUGCUGGUCUUCUCCGAAGGCCGCGGCGUUGGCACUUGCGAGGGUUUUGUGCCUGUGCGCCUCGGCGUGCUCCUACGAGGCCGUUCUGCUGGGUGUUCACGUCGACGUUGCGCCGCCAAUGCCAAUGAGGAGGAGGAGGAGGAGGAGGCGGAGCGGCAGGAGGUAUUCUGGCGGCAUGUCUCCUUGGGCGCCGCCGUCGUACAGAGGGGCGGUGGUGCGGCACGCGCUGGUGCGGCGGCUCAUGCUGGAGGAGCUGGCCACCCGUCAGCGGGAGCAGCUGGAGGCGGUGUACCUCAGGUUCCUACGCUCCAAAGAUAUGUGGCAGCCGCCAGGGAGCAGCCGGCUUCGACGGAUGUCACUGCCAACAGAUGCCGCUACCUGAAGACGGAGCGGGAGCGAAUGGUUUGUUUUGACCCUUGGUUAUGCUUGUUAACCCUUGUCUUUUGGUUAUGCUUGUUAACCCUUGUCUCACCCGGACUGCUUGACCACAUGAGAUUUAUCCCUUUUUGUUUUUGGUCACGACAAAAUUUUAAGUGACCAACUAUGCGUCAUUAAGGUUGUGAUGUCAAGUUUGAGAUCAAAUGUGCUUAAAGAAUGUGAGCAAUGCAAAACAAAGUGGUAUACCAGCGUUAGAAUAUUUGGUGCGCGAAGUUAGUUAUUUCCGAAUGACAUUUGGAGUAACGAACAAGCCGUUAUAAUGGUU